AUGGGCACCCGUGUGGUCCUGCAGCCUGUUUGUGAAGCUGGGCUGGGAUUUUUGCCAAAGAUAAAUUACUCUGCAGGUGAACAGAAUAACCAGAAGGGGGCCGGCAGAUGGGUUUUGCCCUUUCCUCUGGGAGAGGUUUGGCAGGAGCUUUGCCCCAUCGCAAUCCCCCGUCUUCUCGGGAGCGCCUCUGGGCAGGGAGCUGCCAGGGGAGGCUCGACACGGGCCCUUUUCCAUCCCAACGCGGGUGCGCGUGCAAGUGUGCCAGACCGGGAAAACUUACGGGGUGGGAUGGGAGGGAUUUUCCUUGUGCCCCUGGCUCUUCCUCCUGGAGAGCGUGAGCGUCGGCUGGGACCGCAGGGCCUGGUGUCCGUGGAUCUCAGUGCGAACGAGCAAGUCAUUCCACCUCUGUGCUUCCAUUUGCCAUCUGUAGAGAAAUAUCUGAAUAGAUCCCUCCCCAUUGCCGAGCACACUGACACACUGACUGAGGAUGCCUGUAAAAUGGCAUGUAUUGAACUUGGACAUCGCGUCGUGAAGAUGAGCUUCGAUCCAAGUGCCCGGGCAGGGUGCUGGCGCUGUGCGGUGCUGCGUUUUUUGAAGUUCCCCCCAAACCAGAAUAAGACAUCCGAAGAAAUACUACAUCAUCUGCAAAACAUUGUAGAUUUUGGAAAACAUGUCAUGAAGCAGUUCUUUGGGGAGAAAUAUGUUCAUCAUGGGGAAAUUGUUCAACUGCCUUUAGACUUUAUAAGACAGCUGUGUUUAAAGAUUCAGCCAGAGAGGCCAGAGUCUCGCUGUGAUAAAGACAUGGACGCUCUCAGUGGUUAUGCAAUGUGCCUUCCUAAUCUGACCAGGCUGCAGACCUAUCGUUUUGUGGAACAUCGGCCAAUCCUCUGCAUAGAGAUUAAGCCAAAGUGUGGCUUCAUUCCUUUUUCCAGCCAUGUUUCACAGGAGAUAAAGCACAAGGUGUGUCGUUAUUGUAUGCAUCAGCAUUUAAAGGUAGCAAAUGGAAAAUGGAAGCGACCAAGUAAAUAUUGUCCAUUAGAUCUCUUCUCAGGAAAUAAACAGAGAAUGCACUUUGCUUUGAAGAGCUUAUUACAGGAGGCACAGAACAACUUGAAAAUAUUUAAGAACGGUGAACUAAUUUAUGGCUGUAAAGAUGAUCAGGACUCUGUUUCCGACUGGAACGAGCUUGCUCGUCACCUAAAACCUUUCUUUUUUCCUUCAAAUGGGUUGGUCAGUGGCCCGCACUGCACAAGGACAAUUGUUAAAGAACUGAUCCAUGUUAUAACUAUGGCGCUACUAAGUAGUACUGAAGCCUGCAGGGCAGGUGAUAUGAGGACAGUUCCCAUUUCGCAGGGAAGAAGCUACUGUGAAGCAAGUGCUUUUAAUAAGGAGCUAGUAAGAAAUGGUAAGAAUAAAUUGGAAAGCUCUGGUUUACCGAGGGGUUGUCUCCUUUAUAAAACCCUUCAGGCUCAGAUGCUUGACAUGCUGGAUAUUGAAGGACUCUAUCCUUUGUACAACAGAGUUGAACAGUACUUAGAGGAAUUUCCUGAAGAGAGAAGUAUGUUGCAGAUAGAGGGACCUUAUAAUGAAGCAUUUUAUGAGAAGCUGCUAGAUCUUUCAACUGAAGAUGAUGGAACAGUAGCAUUUGCGCUAACAAAGGUGCAGCAGUACAGAAUAGCAAUGACUGCAAAAGACUGCUCCAUAAUGAUUGCCCUUUCACCUUGUCUACGAGAUGAAUGCUCUGAGCAAAGACCUGUGGUACUAACAUCCAAAUCAAGAUUCACCUUUUCUGUUUCUGUUCUGGACCUCGAUCUUAAACCGUAUGAAAGCAUUCCUCAUCAGUACAAACUUGAUGGCAAGAUAGUAAACUACUAUUUGAAGAACGUACAGGCCAAAGAUGACCCCGUUAUGUCCAGUCUCUUCAAGGAGAAUGAAGACUGCACAUUAGUUCUCCAUAAAGUGUAACUGUUUCCUUAAGGUUAUUUUUAUUUGAACACAUUAGAAAGUGAAAAAUUAAUGAAAUAAUUAUGGUGAUUUUUUUCUAUUGUGUUCAGUGCAUUUUUCAGCUGUGAAUGUUUUUGCUUUAAGAAAUGAUUUAUAAUUGGUAUGCCUUUUCAAAGACAUGGAAUAGCACUAAACAUGCAUUUGCUAUAUAACCUUAAUGAAUGUAUUCAAUAUGGCAGAAGAGAGAAUGUGCCAUACCUUGGAACUAAAGGACAGAUCACCUUAAUUCUAAGUCCACUUCCUUAGAAUUGAAAUAACACAGAAUUAGAGGUUUUCUGAAGUAUUGCACUAGUAUAGAAAACCUAAUUACUAAAAAGAGAACUGCCUCGGAGCUUGUGCUU